AUGCCGCCACAACAAGAUAACGAGGCUCCUGGAAGGGAAUUCAGUGAUAGCGACUCUGUUGAAUCAUUUAAUUCCGACAACGAUUACGAUGAGCCUCAGCAAAAGAAGCUGGCAGCCAUGCUCGACAAAGACUCGGACGAGGAAGAGCUGGAAAAACUCGUCUUGGGAGAUAUAAGCGGAUUCCGCGCACAGCUUGCAAGGAAUGACGAGGGAUUUGGCGCGACUUACGAUGAAAAUGGCAACCUGAUCCUCCGCGGCGAAGAGGAUACUGGCGACCUCGAAGAGGUUGCCGACAAUGACCUCUUCAUGCUGGACACCGGAGUCUCUGGAGGUGAAAAAGGAAGCGCGACAGUGCCCAAAGAAGACCCCAACGCCCCUGCCUGGAUCGACAGUGAUGAUGAUCGCUUGUCCGUUUCUCUGGCUAGCGCCACCCGGCUCAGAAAGCUGCGCAUCGCCGAAGACGAGGACUUUGUCAGCGGCACAGAGUACUGCAAGCGAUUGCGCCAGCAAUUUGUCCGCCUCAACCCAGCACCGGCAUGGGCCAAGCACGCAGAAGGUAGACCAGUGAAGAGGCGCCGAUCAACGAUAGAAUCAGCGUCAGAUUCAUCGGCCAGCGACAUGGACGACGAGGACGAUGUUACGGCUCAGCCAAUGGCGGCGUUCCUCCGCGACAUUAACCGCCUUACUGGGCGUGACCAGGUCAAACACCACCGCCUGCGACCGGAAGUUAUCGAUAUCCAGCGUACUCGUGAGAUCCCAGACAAGCACAAGUCGCCUGUCGAGUGCCUUUCCUUCCACCCCGAAUACCCUGUUCUCUUGUCGGCGAGCAGCGCGUCCAUCCUCUAUCUCCAUCAUAUUGCCCCCGAUGCACAGCCGACCCCGAACCCUCGACUCACAUCUGUACAAGUUAAGCAAGUUGAUAUUCGCAAGGCUGAAUUUCUCUACCCAAAGGGAGACAAAAUUGUGUUCAGUGGCCGCAGAAAAUACUUUCACACAUGGGAUCUACCGUCUGGUAUCGUGCAAAAGACAUCGCAGAUUCAAGGCCAUCAGCUCGAGCACAAGUCUAUGGAGCGCUUUAGGCUGAGUCCUUGCGGGCGCUACAUGGCCAUCGCUGCGUCAUCAAGGAAGGGCGGUGGUGCAAUUAACAUAAUCAGCGUUGCAUCUAUGCAGUGGAUUGCAUCCGCCCGACUGUCCAGCCGUCAUGGUAUUGCAGACUUUGCAUGGUGGAGCACUGGUGAUGGUCUGACUAUUUUGGGCAAGGACGGCUCGGUUGGUGAAUACAGCAUGGAAAGCCGCACGUUUCUCGGGGUCUGGCAAGAUGACGGCUGCAUCGGCGGUAUUGUUCUUGCUCUUGGCGGUCACCAAGGCCCAUCUUUACUCGGAGACGACCGCUGGGUUGCUGUUGGAUCCAACUCGGGCAUUGCCAACAUUUACGAUCGUCUUGAACUCUUACUCCCACAGAAGCAAGCUGAGGCGGAGGCUGAGGCAGAGGGUCACCAACCAAAGCUCAUUGUAGAGCAGCCGACACCUCGCCGCAUCUUUCAGCAGCUUGUAACACCGAUUACCGUGAUGGCGUUCUCACCUGAUGGCCAGCUAUUUGCCUUUGGAAGCAGAGAGAAGAAGGAUGCACUGAAAUUGGUACAUCUACCUACCUGCACCGUCUACCGAAACUGGCCUACGGAACAGACUGCGCUCGGAAGAAUCACAACAGUCGCAUUCUCUCGGGAAAGUGAUCUGUUGGCCGUUGGUAACGACACAGGCAAGAUUCGCUUGUGGGAGAUUCGUGCUUAGAGUGGCGACGUGCCAGCGAUAGACCUGUGAUAUUACUGAUGACGGAGAAACUGUGCUCUUCUUUUGCUUUCUUUGCAAGUAUAGAUUUGGAGAUAUGAACAGACAUAAUAUAUUCUAUAUAUU